CGGGCUCGUCGGAUCAGUUUGGCCGGAGAGAAGUCAGCCGCUUCACUUCGGAGCGAAUCGUCUCUGUUUUCAGUUUGGUUUCACCGCUUUUUGCUCGUUAUUUUCUGCCGUCGCGGUUCCCGUCGUCUGUUCCAGGAUGGUGAAAGUGUCUUUCAGCUCCGCUUUGGCGCAGAAAGAUGUGAAAAAGGACGCAGAAACUCUGAUCCCCGAGGAGGACAAAGACGCGGAGGCGGCUCUGCCGGUGCGUCACCAGUCCCGGGCCUGGUGCUGGUGCAUGUGCCUGGGUCUCGCCCUCAUGCUGUCUGGAGUCGUGGUCGGAGGAGCGUAUCUGUACCGCUACUACAUCCUGGAGGUGAGCUACCAGCCCCAACAAGGGCAGGAAGAAGAGGAGGGUCACGUGUUUGUGUGCGGGGUGAACUACCGCGAGGAAGACUUCAUGGUCCCGGAGGAAGAGGAGGUGGAGGUGGAGCUGCCUAACCACUUCCAGCUGCGGCAGCUGGAGGAGCGGAUCCGGGUGCUGGAGAAGGAGCAGGUGGAGCUCAUCAACGUCCCCGUGCCCGAGUUCGGAGACGGAGACCCGGCAGACAUCGUCCACGACUUCCAGCGGAGGUUGACCGCCUACCUGGAUCUGAGCCUGAACAAGUGCUACGUCAUCCCGCUCAACACCUCCAUCGUUAUGCCUCCCAGAGACUUCCUGGAGCUGCUCGUCAACGUCAAGGCCGGCACCUACCUGCCUCAGUCGUACCUGCUCCAUGAGGAGAUGAUCGUGACGGAGCGCCUGGAGCACGUCGACCAGCUCGGCUAUUUCAUCUACAACCUCUGCCGCGGCAAAGACACCUACAAGCUGCAGCGCAGAGACAGGAUCCUGGGUAUGCAGAAGCGUGAAGCUCUGAACUGCCACAAGAUUCGUCACUUCGAGAGCAACAUUGUGAUGGAAACUUUGAUCUGUGAGCCUUAAGAGACCUCGUCGCCUCACGUUAACUGCUCUUAAAGUCACUGGUGUGCAGUGAGAUCUGUGUUUUUAAUCAUCACCUGUCUUUUUCUUUACUUCAGGUAGUUUGAGUGAGUGAGAGGAGUGAAAUGUGAAGCUGUUUGGUAAAAUAUUCAUUUGAUUGUGUUAAAAAAAAGGGUUGUGUAUUUUUCCACUUAUCUUUUCGGGGCAUCUUCUUGGAAUCUUUUCAUAAAAUAGUUAAAGUCAGCUGAGUAUAAAAUAGUAAAUUAUUUUAAUCAAAAAUAACUGCAAUUAUAGCACCAACAUAUAUUUGAGUAGACCAAGGUAAAUGUAGUUUACCUUUCUUUCAGUCCAAACAUAUACAAUGUGCAGAGAGACUUUUGUACCACUCAUCCUGAUGAGACCAGGGAGACGUUUUGUUUUUUGUAUUUUGUCUGCUGUAGCUAUUAAUACACUGCACCUGUUUUUUCUUAACUGGAAAAUGAUCUUAAAAUAAGAGUGUGGACUCAUGCUCCUCCUGUGUAGCUUUAAAAAUAAGUUUGUGUUCAGUAAGAAAAAAAAAUUCCCAGCAGAGAGUCUAGACACACUCUCAUGUUAAAAUCUUUUUCUCAAGGGUUGUCUGUCUUUUUUUGAAUGUGUAAUUUUUGGAUAACUCUUCUUGUU